AAAUACAGAUAUGGGAUCUAAGCGGACUCUGAUCCCCCUGUCCCUAACUCGGCACUACGCCCCUAACUGGGACGUAUGGGAGGGGCUGAGAGAGAUGGUACAGAACUGGCACGAUGGGAUCCUACAGGUGUACGAUCAGGAACUCAUCACCUUCGACAGGGAGAACCUCAAGUACAUGCUAAAGAAAGAUGACAGUGCUGUUGUAGAGUAUGAGGUAACUGCCAUAGACUGGGACAACAGGACCACCACUCUGGGCUGGCUACACUACAGUAAGGUGGACAACAGGCUCACUCUCAUCAACAGGAACAUUGGACUGCACAAAAAGUGUUUACUGCUUGGCUACUCCAAGAAGCCGCGGUGCCGUGACGUGAUCGGUCAGUUUGGUGAGGGGAUGAAGAUCGGUGCGCUGGCCCUGCUAAGGCGUGGUCGGCUGGUUACCAUGGAGACCAGUGAGGACAGGUGGAGGUUUGAACUGCAGGAGGAUGAGAACUUUGGGGAGGAGGUGCUCACAGUUGUGGUCUCAGAGAGAAGCAGUGAUGUUGAGAGUGACAUAAACUUCCCAAAAUGUCCUGUGAAACUGGAGAGAGCAGACACCUGCACUACCAUCAGCAUCCAACAGGGGGAGUGGCAGGAACAUGUGAAGAGAUUCCUGUUCCUUGCCCCAGCUGCAAACUGUGUCAAGACUGAACUAGGUACCCUACUGUUGGACAAAGACCUCCAGGGCCAGCUGUAUGUGAAGAGUGUAUGGGUACAGGACCUCAGGAAGGAUGACCUGAAGACUGGAGUGGAUUUCUGCCAGUUAGAAGUAGACAGAGACAGACAUGCUGUGCCACAUCCUAGUGAGAUCGACCAUCAUGUAAGCAGUAUGUGGGUACGAGCCCUAGAGAGAAGACCAGACCUGGCAGGGCAUUACUACAUGCUGGUGGAGGAUGACAAAUGCCGAGAUGUGAAGUAUGCCAACCUGUACAACACCCAGAGUACUGCUAUGCUGAUGGCUGAUCAGUUUGCACAGAGACACGGUGACACAUCCUUCCCUGUAGUGAACACCAUGGCUCUGGGAGAACUGCAGAAAGUCAAGGAUGAACUCAACAAGAAUAUUGUAUCCUGUAACAAGACCCUAUAUGAGAUCCUACAGAAGUCAGGCCGCCAUUUGUCAGUUGAGGAGGCCCUGGCGGACAGCAGGGCCACUAAGAAGAAGAAAGUUGCCAUCAACAGUCCGAAGCUGUCGGACGAACAGCGAGACGCGCUGGAACACACGGUCAGACUGGUGCAGACUGCUGACCCUGACUUCAGGUCAUCCUGGGUGGACAUUAUACAGACUCAACAACUAGAGGGCCCAGGUUGGCAUGGCAGCCGUAUCGAUGUCCCCUAUUGGAUGUUAGAUCUUGAGAUGGUGCACAACUUUGGCAGGCUGUGUGCACAGGGUACAACCAAGUGCAUGUGCAGAGAAGUGCGACUAUGCCACGCCCUGUUAGAACUCAGAAGACCCCACAUCAAGAGAACUGGUGGGAGGUCAAACGACCCUAUGAUGCUGUUUGUGCUCAACAAACUGGCCCUGCAGGAGUGCCACCGCGCCCCUCCGUUUUGUACUGCAUCUCACCAGCAGGGCAGACCUGUGGAUGCUGUAGCCACUCAUAAAGACUGUGUGGACAGGGAGGACCAGCUACAGGCUAGGGUUAUAGCGUUAGAGGUAAGGUUAUCUACCAGCUAAAGGCCAGGGUUAUAG